AUGGCUACUUCCAGUCCAGUAUUAGAUCCACUGCAACAGCAGCCACCGCCAAUGGAGAUGGCCCAGCAGGCCUACACGGCCCACUCGGGCCACGGGUCCGUCGGGCCCGUCAUCGGCGUCCUCGCCGUGAUAACCAUUCUCGGCGCAAUCGCGAUCAUGAUUGGCCGGCUGUGCUCCGGCCGGGGAAUCCGCGGCCGCGCGCAGUAUGAUUUUGAGGGUUGGGUCGAGACCAAAUGCGCUUCUUGCAUUGAUGGUCGCCUAGACCACCCUCCGCCGCCGCGGGUCGUCGUGACGGAGCACACUGCCGGAACUUCCGCCCGGACGACGGCGGCGGCGGCGGGAGAGGGAGAAGAGGAAGGUAAUACACACGUACACAACCCUCGUCAUCAACAAGAGUAG